AUGGCUCAGAGAAACAUUAUUUGUUCAGUGCAUUACAAUGGUGUUAUCAGUAACGAUCUAACCAACGGUUUUUCGUUUAGUAAUACCGAAACAAAACGUUUCAAAGUGCAUUGUAGAGCCGAUUUUAUGCAUUUGAAGGAACGGAUCGAAACAAAAUUGCAACUUCCUGUAAGUGAAAUUAUUUAUCGACUUCCGUUGUUUAAUGGAGACAGCGGUAUCAUUUUUUACGUCAUGAAACCAAUAGAGGACGACGAUGGCGUUAAAGUGAUGUUCGAAUGUCACAAUUCGUUUGCACCUCUUGACGAUAUGGAGCUAUAUGUUCAUAUUGUUAGUCCUCCCAUUAACCAAUCGCAAGAGUCGCAUUCGCAUCAAUACGGUUUGAGCCAACCCACUGACGAAGAGCCAACCCAAAACAACGAACCAUUUAUACCCGACGAACAGGUUGACGAGUACAGUGAGGAUGAAAUACAAGAAGUGCAAUAUGAAGAUCUUUUUGGUGAUGACAAUGACCCUGAUAUUGUUGAGCCGUCGCAGCCUACACUUGCACGACCGAUUAGCAUGUACGCCCCACCGGAUCACAUGCGAAAUAUCUGUUUAGAAGAGGCACCGUCUGAAUCAAUUUUUGGUUCCCACAUAACAAACUAUAGUGAUGUUGAUUUAUAUGAGGGAAUGGAGUUUGAAGACAAGGAGGAGUGCGUUGCUGCUAUGCAACAUUGGCAUAUCACCAAUAAUCUUGAUUAUUGGGUAUACAAAUCUGAUACGAAGAGAUAUGUCAUCAAAUGCAAAAAUCUAACUUGCAAAUUCAAAUGUAGAGCAUCAGUUUGCAAGAAGAAUUCUAAGUGGAUGAUAGGUAAGUUGAGUGGACCACAUGUCUGCACAACCACUUCAAUGUCGCAAGAUCAUAGACAACUUACAUCAGAUAUUGUCUCUCACUGCAUCAGAGAUUUGGUUAACACCGACCCCUCAAUUAAGGUAAAGCUCAUAAUUUCUCAUAUAACAGGAAAGUAUGGUUAUAAUAUAUCUUACAGGAAAGCGUGGAUUGCAAAGGUAAAGGCCAUAGAAUCCUUGUAUGGAAACUGGGAGACAUCUUACAAUGACCUUCUACGAUGGUUAUUGGUAAUGAAAACAUAUCUGCCUGGAAUGAUAAUAGACUUGGAAACUUUACCUGCAUUUUCAAACGAAGGAAGUCAGUUGGGUGAUAAGAUGAUAUUCCAUCGUCUAUUUUGGGCUUUUCAACCUUGCAUCCAUGGUUUUGCCUAUUGCAAGCCAAUUGUUCAAGUCGACGGAACAUGGUUGUAUGGAAGGUACAAAGGGACAUUGUUGAUGGCUGUGGCGCAGGAUGGGAAUGGUAACAUUUUUCCAAUUGCUUUCGCUAUUGUCGAGGGUGAAACCAAGGAUGCUUGGAGUUUUUUCCUUCGUAAUCUAAGAAUCCAUGUGACACCCCAACCCAAUCUAUGCCUAAUAUCAGACAGACAUCCAUCGAUUAAAAGUGCCUAUGAUGAUCCUGCAAAUGGAUGGCAAAAUCCUCCGUCAUCACAUGUCUAUUGCAUAAGGCAUAUCGCGCAAAAUUUUAUGCGUGCGAUUAGAGACAAAGAACUACGUAAAAAACUCGUCAACAUGGGAUAUGCAUUGACGGAGUCAACGUACAAUUACUAUAGAACCGAAAUUUGUCAGACAAAUAGAGAUGCUAUGGAGUGGAUUGAAAAUAUCCCCAGGGAGAAGUGGGCAAGGGCGUUUUAUAGAGGGCAACGAUGGGGACACAUGACGACUAACCUUGUAGAAGCAAUGAACUCUGUGCUAAAGGCUACCUGA